AGCGAGAUGGCUGCUCCUGUUCAGCCGUGCCUCAACAGGUUUCUCAGAGCCGGUGUCUACGAUUUCAGGAUGAUUGCGUUGUGGUUGUCUGUGGUGUUAAGAAACUGUUCGUGCAGCGCUUGGAAUUACCAUAGCUCUCAGCGCCUGACGGUGCUGCACCACCCAGAGUGGCUAAUUGCUGCAUCCACGUAUUUUCCAGAUCACUAUGCCGGAAUGCAUCGACUUGCAGCCCUCCGUACUAUUAAGUGGUGCCUGUGCUGUCUUGCUCUUGUUUCUAGAGGCUGUCAUGCGCAGUCGUGCGUUCUGUCCCUUCCCUCCUUUCUGUCCUCUGUCUGUCUCCUACUCUGUUCCCACUCUCGCAACACAGCAGCUCUACAACACCAAUGGCUGCCCUUCGUCGGAAAUUCAGAUCACGCAGGCGCAGGGUAGUUAUAGCUGCACUUGCGCUUGGUCUGUAUAUCUUCUUCGCCUUCACUCAUGCUUCUAUUGCCGACAACGUCCCAUCGCCGCUUGUCCAGGCACUCACACCCCCGCCGCGUAUCCACUUGACCGCCCGCCACAAGAUAUACGAGUGGCUUGAUAAUCUCAAUUCAACUGUUGCUCAAUCACUUGUCAGACGGAUCGAUGAGUUUUCUUUACCGUCGUGGAAGUUCCUGCCCGAGCAGUAUCAGUCUCUGCUGCAGUUGUCGUCGUCUAGAUCAGGCGGCGAGGACACGGAAUACGAACCUGCCCCUAGCAUUGAGGUCAAGCCUGGCUGUAGCGACCCUUACAAAACCGCAGGGUGGCUUUUUACUUCGGCUGAAGACCACACUCUAACUCGAUGGAUCCCAUUCUAUUCAGAAUUCCACGAUCUGCCGGAGCAUCCACUUGCUGCUUACCCCAGAGUCGAAGGGCAAGACGAUAGAUCACUGCUUAACGACAAGCGCGUUGACCCUGCAAUUAUGGCCCUUGCGCCUCCGCCUUGGACGAAAAUGUUUCAUAAUUUCUAUCUUAUUCUCAGGGGUAUCAACUAUCGCGAGUCGCACCCUGAAGAAGCUCGCGAGCUGACUGACGAGGAGAAGGAGAUCAUGAGCCAGAUGGGAUGGGUUCGUGAUCGGACCGUGUUAUUAGUCGGCGACUCUAUUGAUCGCAAUAUGAUUACCUAUUUCUGCAGCGAGCUAAAUCUUGAGUUUCAAAACUACGGGGGUCCGGUGCACGGGACGAGGCAGACGACCGCGUCAUGCCACGUACCGUUCGUUAACUUCACGAUCGUGCAAUGGCAUGUCGCGGGUAUGUUCACUAGCCGACCGGAGUGGUGGUGGGAAGAUCAUAUGAAUGUUGUCCCAUUCGAAGAGCGAUUCGCCAAGAUUUUCGAAAAGUAUUCGUUGGCGUCUACGAUCAGCAGGUAUUCGGGUCACGGCCCCGACCUUGUUCUGUUCCAGUCUGGAUCCUGGGACGAGCGAGGGUUCAGAGAGGCAGCGCAUUACGAAGCGCAAAAAGAGGUUCCAUUCGAAGAGCGUGUGUCUGCGCCCUCAGUUUCUUCCGGACAACUCUCGAUGUCGCAGCUGCGGUUCAUAAACUCGCGGAUGCAGAAACUGGUGCAAAAGCUCCGCAGUAUGUUUAGCGACGACACACCGCUGAUGUACCGCUCUCUCAGUUUCCGACGCGACGGGAAAAAAUCUGAUCUCGCGCUUCUAUCUAUCGAUCGUAUGCACAGGUCGAUGGUGCAGCAUUUGGGAAUCGAGGUGUUUGACUGGAGUCUGAUGUCGUAUGGGUUCACAGAAGAGUUCAAGGACUCGCUGCAUUUCAGAAAGGGAGCGUUAUCGUGGCUCUGGUCGGAUAUGCUGCUGCAUUAUCUUUUCAGAGCGGCUGGGGGUAUUGAGGACCGGGGCAAGAUCAUAAAGUCGCCGCCUCUGCCUAUGACGACGGAGAAGGAGAAGUCGAGUGCGCGGACAAAGUACUGGGAUAGAUGUCAUAAUUACCUUGUUGGGCAAGAUAACCGAUGAAAAUGAUGCUAUCAGAGCAUGAUGAUAUCAGAGAAGCGUUCAGUUUGAGAUGUAGCAUGCAUUAUAUGAAAUCUAACAUGAAUAAAGUAGUUCUUGACAAAUCGACAAGAGAAAU